UUGUAGAGUGCGACUGCAGCAACUGAGUGUUUAGGGAAAUGUCAACUCCGCCGCUUUCUGGGGCAGGGAUGGCGGCAGCUCCAGUGCCUGGACCCUUCCAAGGUACGCAGGCAGCAGCGGCCCGAGAGGUGAACACUGCGUCAUUAUGCAGGAUAGGGCAGGAGACUGUGCAGGACAUUGUGCUCAGGACCAUGGAGAUCUUCCAGCUGCUGAGAAACAUUCAGUUACCAAAUGGUGUCACCUACCAUACUGGGACCUACCAGGAUAGGUUAGGAAAGCUACAAGAACAUCUCCGUCAACUAUCAGUGCUUUUCCGCAAGCUGAGAUUGGUUUAUGACAAGUGCAACGAGAACUGUUCUGGUCUGGAUCCGGUACCAAUAGAACAACUUAUUCCAUACGUAGAAGAAGAGUACUCAAAACACGAUGACCGUAGCGCUGCCAGUCAUCUUCGUUUUGCAAGUGAAGAAAAGAGAGAAAUUCUGGAAGUAAAUAAGAAAUUGAAACAGAAGAAUCAGCAGUUGAAGCAGAUUAUGGAUCAAUUACGGAAUCUGAUUUGGGACAUUAAUUCAAUGUUGGCCAUGAGAAACUAAAGCUUCUAUUAUCAUAUAAACAAGAUCUACUCCACCUUAUUUUUUUAUAUUUUUUUUUUUUUUUUACAUUUUGUAAAAUAUUUAGUUUGUAGGAAAUUAAUAAAUAUUAUUUGCCAAACAGUUUUUUUUUUCUCAACGUAUAGUACUCUAUACACUUUUAUAAAAAUAAUUAGUUAUUAUAUUGUGUCUACAUUUUCUCAAACUUUAUGUAUUUAUUUUAAUAAGUAAUAUCUCCAGCUUCAGUUUGUCUCAUAAUAGUUAUAUACUGUUUAGUUUUAUUUCUGGUGACUUUGGAAUCGGCCUUAAAGGGAUACUAAGCAAAAACAAAGUUAGCAAAAAUCAUUUAAACGUUUAGAAACAAUUUUUUUUUUUAAUGCACUUCUGUUUUUAAAUAUCUAUCUUUUUAGCCGCAAUUUUAUUUUUCACUGGUUUCCAAACCCACUCCGUGGGUACCGUUGUAGGUUUUCCAUUCCGGGCUGACAACCUCAGUUGGAAUAUGGCGGCACUUAGCCGCAAUGCGCAUGCGCAAGCUCUAUCCCCGUCCUUGACGUCACUCAAUGGAUGUCUCUGCCGAGAGUAGGAAAGCCUCUCUUAUACGCAUGCGUUUUUUAUUACUUUGUGGGGACAAAAUUGUCAUAUAAUUUAUUCAUGAAAUCUAGAUACUAUUGGACAUUUAUUUAGAGCAUGUAUGGCCCAUAUUUGGGGGUUGGAUGUUGUGACAUCAUCUCCAAAAAUUAAAACUAUAUUUUAUAACGA